UCCAUAUUGAAUCUUGAAAGUCUGUAAAAACAAUUUGUUAGCGUUUCCAUUCUCUUCAAAGCACAGAGGAUAGACUAAUGUAAUGUGUACAUACAACAUCAACUAAAUAUGCUAAUUGAAAAGUCUCCUUUGCAAAACAUCUGAUAUUUUCCAAUCCUUAGCUUAGCUAUAAAAUGAAAUGCAAUUGCGCUGACCUCUAAUUCAAAAGUCCAGCAGCCAAGCCUCAACAUUUAUCAAAUUCUCUUUACUUCUUGUUUUUGUAAAUGCAAGUAACAAACAUGGCAACAUCUACGAUAUCGGAGUUCAAAACCUGCUUAUCGGAGCAUCCAUCAGUCGUAAAUUUCCGUUGGAGCAUUACGCAAACAUGGGGUUCUUCAUGGUUCUUCCUCUUCUCUGCAAUAACCAUCUACAUCACCUCCGCCAUUACUCUCCACCUACUUCUCUCCCUCCUCCUCAGCCGCAACCGCCGCCUUUCACUCGGUCCAAUCCCCGCAAUCCACAGCCUCGCCGUCUCGUUAAUCUCCGCCUUCAUUUUCAUCGGCUUACUAUUAUCAGCAGUAGCAGAUAUCCACGACAGCCGCUGGCUUUGGCGACGAACCAAAACUACCUCCGCCUUCCAAUGGCUCCUCUGUUUCCCACUGGGCACGAGACCCACCGGCAGAGUUUUCUUCUGGUCAUACAUUUUUUACCUCUCUAGAUUCUUUCAUUUACUCCGAACAUUCUUUACAAUCUUACAAUAUCGUAAAUUAUCAUCCUUUACACUCUUUAAUCAGUCUAUUUUGUUGGUGAUGUCGUUUCUUUGGCUAGAAUUUUCUCAGUCUUUUCAAGUAUUAGCCAUACUCUUAACGACGCUGCUAUACGCUGUCGUUUACGGGUAUCGAUUCUGGACGGCGAUAGGGUUGCCGAGGGCUAAUUUCCUUUUUGUUGUGAAUUGUCAGUUUGUAUUAUUGGGGUGUAAUCUGAUCUGCCAUUUUGGAGUUUUGUUUCUGCAUUUCUUGAAAGGUGGAUGCAAUGGGAUGUUAGCUUGGGGGUUAAAUUCUGUACUAAAUGGCAUGAUUUUGAUUUUGUUUCUGAGGUUUUACGUUAGGGCUCAUCUGAUAUAAAUGAAAGCUACUGCAGUAGGUGAAUACAAUAGUGAAAAAUCUGAAUGAUGAGCUUUCCUGAUUAAUUGGGUUUUGCUUUAGGAUUCAUGUUCAUUAAAUCUAAACAAUUCAUUACAAAAUGAAUAAUAUAGAUUAAAAAAUCCAAAUUUAAUUAAAUUAAUCUACACUAUUUAUUUUAUAAUAAAUGGUGUAGAUUAGUGAACAUGAUUUCUCAUGUUCAUUUGAAC